AUUACAUGAGCUCAUGUUUAUAUAUAUCUACCAUUAUAAUGUGGCAGCUGAAAGCAAGAGAGAUAUCAGCUACCUAACAACCCUACCAGGAGCAUCGGACAGACUCCAAAUCUUCCAUGCAGAUCUCAACCAACCUGAGACUUUUGAUGAGGCCAUCCAAGGCUGCACCGGAGUCUUCCACGUUGCUCACCCUAUGGAUACUGAUAACAAAGAGCCAGAGGAAACUGUGACCAAGAGAGCCCUAGAAGGAACUCUAGGUAUUUUGAAGGCAUGCCUGAACUCCAAGACUGUGAAACGCGUCGUUUACACUUCUAGUUUGGCAGCAAUAUUGUUCAACAGCAAAGGUUUAAGUGAAACUGAUGAAAAUACAUGGAGUGAGAUCGAUAUCUGCAAAAGCAGCGGUCUUGUAGGCUCUUCUUACUUGGUUUCUAAGACUCUGGUGGAGAAGACGGCUUUGGAGUUUGCAGAAAAACAUGGAUUGGAUGUUGUCACUGUGAUUCUUCCCAUAGUUGUUGGACCCUUCAUUUGUCCAAAUAUUCCUUCUUCGGUGUACAUGGGAAUGGCUCCCAUUUCUGGUAACCAGGAUCUAUGUAAGUAUCUUAUUAACACAUAUAUGGUACACAUAGAUGAUGUAGCAAGUGCACAUAUCUAUCUUCUGGAGUACCCUAAUGCAAAAGGAAGUUACUUAAAGGAGGUCAAAGGUUACAAAAGAACUAAGGUCUCUUCAAAGAAACUGUUGAAUACUGGAUUCGAAUUCAAAUGCGGCCUUGGUGAAAUGUUUGAUGGCGCUGUUCAAUCCUACAAAGAGAAGGGUUUUCUUUAA